UUCAUUUCGUGUUUUCGGUUUGUUAUUGAUGUUAGAAUGGGGUGAAUGUGUUAAUUUAUUGAAAUUUCCCUGAAAUUCAAUUAUAGCUACUCAAAUGUCGAAUGCAAAACCAACAAACGUGCAAGGAGAUGAGCUUGAUUCACUAUGUGCCUCUGGAAACUUUGAAAUACUGUGUUGUGAUAAAUGUGAAGAAACAAAUGUGUUCGAAAAGCAAUAUUUUUCAAAUUCUGACUGUAUAGCUCCUUCAAGUGGUUCCUCAAACAAACAAAAUACCAGUUCUGUAGGAAUGAGUCCCAAAACGUAUUCUUCUGAACCCCAGACUUUCAAAAAUCUUGAUGUAGAUGAUUUGAUUCAGUCUCAUAUAGCAGCAGAUGAUGAGCUUAAUUCUUUUGAUUCAUGCUAUCAAGGUGUAAAUUCGGGAUAUUGCUCCAAUGAGAGUACUGCUUCUGAAAAAAUUAGAUCUCCUAAAAAUUCACCUUCGUCACGAAUUUCUAAUUCUCCUUUAAAAUAUUCCGAUGAAAGUUGUAAAGAUACAAAAAAGUCGAAAUCAACUUCAUUUCAUCUCGGACAAUUAUUGAACAAAAGAAAAGGUAGUGGCUCAGAUAGAACUCAUAUUUCAGACGACCCUAACGUUGAUGAUCUUGCAGUAAAUUCGAAACCGUUUGUUUUUAAGAAGCAAAAUGUGAGUGCGAAUUCGAAUGACAGCUCCCAACAAACCCAAAUGAAAACAAAAUUACGAACUAUGUGGAAUAAUAUGAAAUAUGGUUGGAGAGUUAAGAGAGAGGUAAAUUUAAAAUUGGAUUCUGCAACAUGGCUACUUGGACAAUGUUAUCAUAAUAAAUUAACAGAUGGUCCAGUUUCACAGGAUGUUUCUAAACAGCUGAAGCUUGAUCUUCUUAGCAGAAUAUGGUUGACUUAUCGAAUAAAUUUUCCAACAAUACCUGGAACAGAUUAUAUAUCAGAUUCUGGUUGGGGUUGCAUGUUAAGAUGUGGUCAAAUGAUGAUGGCUCAAGCAUUAGUGUGCCAUUUUCUUAACAGAGAUUGGCGUGUUGUUCCUGAUCAGCCUCCUGAAAAGAAACAUUUGUAUAAGAUGAUUCUCCGUUGGUUUGGUGAUUCAUUAUCUGAUAAUAGCCCAUUUUCUUUACAUCAUUUAGUUUCCCUUGGUGAAAAUUAUGGUAGGAAAGCUGGUGACUGGUAUGGUCCAACUCAUGCUGCUCAGGUUUUGAGGGAUGCUCUUAUUCAAGCUAAACGAGAUCACUCUGAACUUAGAAAUGUAUGCAUGUAUGUGGCUUUAGAUGGAAUUGUAUUUAAACAAGAUGUUAUGGAUCUAUGUUUGAGACCUGCAGAAAGGCCCAUGUCUGCUUUAGAGAGAGAUCAAAUUCCAGUAUCUAACAAUAUGGAUUUUUCUAAAACAAAUCCAGUUGGACAAAAUUAUUCUUUAUCAUCUGGAAGUGUGUCAAAUACAUUUUCAUCUAUUGGAUAUGGCCCGGACAGUAUACCUUUUAGUGAAUUUGAUGAAUCUGAUGCAAGUUUCAUUGAUCCGUGUCCAUCAUAUUCCAAUUUUAGUCCUCCAAGUUUUAGCAGUUUUGAGUCAGCAUGGACAAGCUUAAUCCUUUUUGUUUCUGUGCGAUUGGGAAAUGAUAAAAUUAAUCCUUUUUAUAUACCAUGUUUGAAAAGCCUUUUAGCAUAUGAACACUGCAUUGGAAUCAUUGGUGGUCGUCCUAAGCAUGCAUUAUAUUUUAUUGGUUGGCAAGAUGAUAAAUUAAUUCAUAUGGAUCCACAUUCCUGUCAGCCUGCGAUCGAUAUGGACAAAGAGGAUUUCAGUGAGAAGUCAUUCCAUUCAUCAUCAAUCCGCACUAUGUCAUUUACUGAAAUGGAUCCUAGUUGCGCAAUUGGUUUUUACUUCCGGAAGAGAGAAGAAUUUGAACAUUUUGUAGAAAAAUUUUCUGAAAUUACUGCUCCAAUGAAAAUGAAUUUAGACUAUCCUGUAUUUGCACUAGCAGAAGGAAAGCGAGUCCACGUGGAAGAAGUUGAUACUCCUUGUGGAUAUGCCAGAUCUUCCUUAUCUCAUACUAAUAGCAGAACUGACGAAGACGAUUAUAUUUUAUUGUGAACUUAGUCUUGUGAAUAGGAGGCAUGAAAUUUAAACAUGUAUUGCAAUUUUAGUUGUGGUAUUUUUUAAAACUCUGUAUUAUCUGCUUUUAUUUAAAUUGCUAUCAAACUAAAUUUAAAUUUUUGUGCAAUCUAUGGAAUUGGCAAAUUGUCAGUUAGUGGAAGAAUCCGUUUAAUGAGAUUUAAUGUCUAGUCAUGUUUUAUUAAAAUUGUAUUAUUUUAUAAUUUCCUAAAGCAGUAGCAAAAAAUUUAUUGGAUAUGGUCAUGAUUACUUAAGCAGUUGAUGAAUUUUCUGGAUAGUAUUUUUUUAUUUGCUUUGAAAAUUAGAAUGAAAAUAAUUUAAUAUUGAAAAAAAUAUUAUUGACAAAUUUUUUAAAAUGCGUUCUUUUUUAAAUUGAAACAUGUUGAAUGGUUGGAUAUUUUGAAUGGUGUCUGAAGUGAAUUAUCGUAAUAGAUAAUCUUGUUGUUUUAAGAAUGAUGGUUAAUCUAUAUUGAUGGUUUUAAUCUUUGUUGUGUUUUCUGUUGAUUUUUAAUAUAUAGUCUAUGUAUGUUGAUGAGUUUAUAUAUUUAAAAAUAGAAUGAUUUCAUUAUUUGGAUUAUAUAAAACUUAAGUUCUGUUUACUUUAAUUUGUUCAGAUUGGGAUGUUUUCAAAUUAUUUGCUAUAGUUUAUGUUGCAAACAAUUUCAUAUUUUUCUCUUUAUUAAAAUUUUACCUCUAAAAAUUU